CUCGAUCAUGUACAAGAGAUCUAUUUGGGCAGGUAUUUGACCUCACAGCCAAGACCAGUGCCCAUUUCGUCCUUCUUUCCAAGGGACGUGACUAGCAGUCGUGAAGAUAGCCCCUACCUGUACAGUGGACCUCACUGUGAGUCCUUGAUGAUGUUUGAAAAAAUACUGUAAAUUCUGAUUUUUCCUUGAAGCAUAUGAUGAUUCUAGUUACCUACAACCGCCUUCGCAUCACCUUGAGUCAACUACCAUCCGACAUCAAUCACUUCCUUCUCAACGAUGGGAGGAGCGCAGUCGCUCUGGGUCCUCUAGCAAUCGAUAUGCACCAGGAACGUCGUUGGAUGAUCGCCCGAUUCAGAGGGCGUCCUCGUAUUCUCUCCCUCCAAUUAGAACUUUCAUGCGGCCACUCAGGCAAGAGUACUCUGACAGAGGACCACAGUCAUUCUCACACGGUCUGCUUGAUGAGACACGGGAAAUUUUGCCUCCAGAAGUAUCAGUGGAGGACACAGAGUCCAGUAACGAGAAACCGACGUAUAGGCGAGGCAAGAGAAAGCGAUCAGACAGUCAGGAUGAAAGGAAGACCAAAGUGGUGCGCAAAAUCUCCGAUUGGCCCCCUAACUUUACAGGGCGGAAACUUCGAUGUGACGGGACCAAACCUUCCUGCGCUAAUUGCUCCACCCGAACCUUGAAAUGUGUAUAUAAGGACCAUCCCAGACGUCGCGGCCCUGGAAAGGCACCGAAAGGCUCGCGGACCAAGAAAUCAGAAGGGAAAGGUCGAAAGGGGAGGAAAAGUUCUAAAGCGGCCACAAGUGAAGUUGAUAAGGAAGGAUCAGAACAGCCUUCAGCUGCAGCACUCCCAGAUCGGCAUGUAUUUGAGCCACCGAUGAUGUUACCGAAUCACGGUUACCCUCAGUUGCCUGGGCUGGAGGCUGUUUAUGCGCCACUGCCCUACACUGAUCGUCCAAGUGCUUCGAACGUGCAUCACGAAGAAUCGGAACUAAUCCCACACUAUCACUUUACGAGCGGUGUGAUCGAUCAAGGAGCAGUGGAGAGCCUCCGGCCACUCUGGGGACGAGAGGAAGAAGACAGGCGGUCAGCGGAGUCAGGACAUCCAUUACCUCCUGGGUCGCGGAAGGGUGGUGAUACAGACGAUGAGGAGACGAAUUAAAAGCCAGGCGAGGUGUUGACCGACCGACGCAGGCGGAGAGUGUAGAGGAUCGGCACCCACAACUGUCCACGGCGUUAUGUCCCGGCGGCGCACUGCUUAUUACGUAUUCUAGAGAUCGGAUACCUCUUUACAUAUCGUUGCUACGCUCUUUUCUUGUCUAGAUGCGAAUGUUGUUUCGGAAUCACCCUCUUUUCCGUGGCUGAGCCAUAUCCGCCGUACCCUAUUUCCUUGUUUCAAUCCUGAUGCUGAGAUAAUCUAGUUUAAUUUUCUCAGCUGCAGAUUAUGUUAUGU